GUCAUUGAGUCAAGGCAGCACAAACUCAAACAUGCUGGAUGUUCAGGGAGGUGUUCACAAGAAGAGGGCCCGCCGCAGCUCCCUGCUGAACGCCAAGAAACUAUACGAGGACGCCCAAAUGACAAGGAAGGUGAAGCAGUAUCUUUCCAGUCUGGACGUGGACACAGAUGAGGAGAAGUUCCAAGUGGUGUCCCUACAGUGGGAGCCUGCGUACGGCACCUUGACUAAGAAUUUAAAUGAGAAAAGAUCAGCCAAAUCAUCUGAAAUGUCUCCCGCACCUUUGAGGUCCGUUGGCCACACAGCUAAAGUCUACCUGCAUCAGCCGCACAGGGUGAGCCAGGUACUUCAGGUGCCUGCAGUUAACUUGCACCCUGCCAGGAAGAAAGGACCAGCAAAAGACCCUCUGUUGAAUACAACUUUACCUCAGAAAGCUUUAGGACCAUCUGAAGAAAUGAGUGGUAAGAGACACACAGAAGACACUAUUUCUGUGGCGUCAUCUUUGCAUUCUAGUCCUCCUGCAUCUCCUCAGAGCUCCCCACGCAAAGGUUACACAUUCAUUCCGUCAGCUAAAUCUGACAACUUGUCUGACUCCAGCCACAGCGAGAUUUCCUCUCGGUCCAGCAUCGUGAGCAACUGUUCUGUUGACUCCAUGUCUGCAGCUCUGCCGGAUGAGCGAUGUUCUGCCCACACCCUGGCAGCUCCAGAGCCUGUGGGGACGGUAGAGAAAACAGAUCACCCUUCAGGGGCUGGAGACCACAGUCACCUCGGUCACGGGUGGGCGCUGGCAAAGCCAGCUCUUAUCAGAGGGUUAGCUGUCCCGUCUUCUGUGAGCAGUGAAGAGACUUCUCAUGAGCACAUUGUGAUGGAAGCAGCUGACAGUGGUCGAGGCAGUUGGACUUCCUGUUCCAGCAGCUCCCAUGACAACUUCCAGAGCCUUCCAAACCCGAAAGGCUGGGACUUUCUGAACUCUUAUAGGCACACGCAUUUGGAUGACCCCAUUGCUGAGGUUGAGCUUGCUGACUGUGAGCCCUGUGCCUGUUCUAAAGGCUGCUCAAGAACGUGUGGCCAAUGCAGAGGAGACCUGGAGACGAGUCAGCUGAGACAGAGUUGGGCCUCCUCCAGCUCCCUCUCCGACACAUACGAACCAAACUAUGGGACAGUUAAACGGAGAGUGCUGGAGAGUGCCCCCACUGAGGCAUCUGAUGGCUUGGAACCCAGGGAUGCCACUGACCCCAUUUAUAAAACCGUCACUUCCAGUACAGAAAAGGGCUUGAUUGUGUACUGUGUCACCUCACCCAAGAAAGGCGAUAGGUAUAGGGAGCCACCACCUACUCCUCCUGGAUAUCUGGGAAUCUCUUUAGCGGACCUAAAGGAAGGAUCCCACCCGCAUCUAAAACCUCCAGACUAUAGUGUGGCUGUGCAGAGGUCAAAGAUGAUGUUUAGCAGCCUGCCUAGACUGCCACCAGCUCCUCCCAGUAGCCACCCCACGGCCUGGGUUCCACCGAAGAUCGGAUCCCAGCCCCACAGGCAUAGCCUGCAGUCGUCCCAUCCCAAACUAACUGAUGUGGCUGAUGCAGAUAGCGAAGCAGAUGAAAAUGAGCAGGUGUCGGCAGUCUAGCUUGUGAUGGCCCAUUGGAAACCCUGGAGGUAGGAAGCUUGGACAGGAGCCUCUCGUGGUUCUGCAGGCCACAGCCUACAGCUCGCUGCUACCACUAACCUGGAGGUUUCCUCGCCUGCUCUAAGAUGAGUUCAUCGCCAGUUUUGCUUCCUUUCGUUUGAUCCCCGCAGAUGCCCAGUUCCCUCAGCUGGAAGCUGCGCCUGAUCCCAGUGUACUCUUUGCACACCACACCUGCCUUGGGACCGUUCAAGCUCAGAGUCAUCCCAUAUGUAUGACUCUAGAUUCAUUCUUUCUGCAGCAUAUUUUAAAGAUAGUGGUACUAUCUUUCCAAGCUGUAGCUUGAGGUAAAGGACAAAUUCAAAACAUCUGCCAAUACCAGUGAUGGUUUUGUGUGUUUGAAAGUAACUUAUUCUUUGAAGUAUUGUGGUUUUGUUUGUAUUCAAAGAGCUCUUGCUAGCUGCUGUUUGUCAGAGGCCAUAAAACUGUCUGGUCUGACCAACAGACGCCAUCUUGACACAGGUGAUGCUUGAUUGGUCCAGAGGUCCAGCUCCUGUGCAAUGGAGGGUCUCGGGUUAGGGAAGCUCCGAGCCCGUGUGUUUGGAGUGUGAGGAACCUGCCCAUCAUGGUAUGAAAUGAGACAGCCGCAGGGUUCCUGACAGGUUUGGAAAGGCGAGUAGAAGGUGAGUGGGUGGGAAGGAACCGUGAUAACCAGAGAAGGAAAGAUUAAUGUGGAAAGCCUGUUUCUGAGGUGAAUAGCGUGCUUCAUCCAACUGGUGAGAAGUGCAAACCCAAUGGAGAGUAAAGUGGGUUCUAGAGAGUUCCACUUCGAUAGAAACCCUAACACUUCUCAACUCAAGAAUGAAAUCCCAAGUUUAAAAGCAGUGUAAUCACAAAUGUGGUGAAGGUCACAGCUUCAUGCAGUGUUGUACAGCAUGUGCAGUCCUGAUGAGCCCUGAGCUUUGAGCCCUCUGGAGCCACAAGGGACGGAGCUGGUGAAAACCCAGUGAGAGAGCCACGUUAGAAUAAUGAAGUGACUUCUGCCCUGGGGAGGAGAGCCCUCCACACCUCCUGGGGCGGUGUUCUUAAUUUAUCUAAUUCAGAUCUCAGUGACUACUUAGUAAAUAAAGUGGACCUUUAACAUUUUUACAAAUUAAGUAUUACAUUUUGUAUAUAUAUUUAGUUUAAAUUUUUCAUUUGCUUUUUAGUGUAAAGGUAAAUAUUUCAUAAACUUACAUAAUUACCAAAAAAAAAAAAAUGCCAAAGCCAUUAAAGUGCACUGGCCAGAUCAGCAUGAGCCAGGUGGGUGAGCUGACAGGGGUCCCUCACAAGGGUUAUGCUCUUCCCUGGCACUCUCUUCCUCUGUUUCCUGUCUGUCCCACUUCAAGUCACAAAACAGUUCCAAAUGGUAGGUGGGAGUAAUUUCUUUUUCCCACAAAAUGAUUGUCUCUGUAGUUUAGGGAAACAGCAUGUGGUGGUGCACACCUUUAAUCUCAGCACUCGGGAGGCGUAGGCAAGUGGAUGUGAGUUCCAGGCCAGCUGGGGCUACAGGGAGACCCUGUCUCCAUAAAAAAGAAAGUAAAGAAAAAGAAUAUGCCUGAAAAAUUCCCCUAGGGAAAGGUUGACAAACCCAGAGCUUCGGACGUGGGCCCAGUGCAUUAGGGUGCAGGAGGAGGCUCCACGGCUCUCCUUUAAAGUGGAGCCGUGGACGGAAAGGGGCACUUUAGUGAUUCGGCCUAUGAACUGUGCUCUCCUCCAAUUGUGAAUUUUUUUACUUCACCUACUUGCAUAAUAUUGUUUUCAUGUCCGCAACAAAACAAAUGAAAGAUAUUUUUGCUAUAACCACCUUUUCAAUCCGAGUUUGGGUAUUUAUUGUCACGCUUCACAUCCAUUUCUCCAGAAAAAUGUGCUGUUGACACAGCCUCUGUUCAUCUAGCAAGUCUUCAAACUAGAUGGAGCCUUACCUGUCCUUGUCCUUAAUGGUGUAAAUGUCUUGCACAGAAAGCUGAGUCUGUGGCUGUGGACUUGCACCAUGUAGCUGCUUUUUUUGUAUCAAGCUUUAAUGUGUUUGGACCCGCUGAUCACAUUGAUCAGAAUGACUCCCUGAACAGGUAUCUCUGCCUUUUCCUAUUUUAAACAAGGGAAGCCUUAAGCCCAUCCUCGCUCCAAUUCCAGAUAUGUGUCGUUACUGGAGACUCCUUCCUAUCCUACCACAGCCCAGCAUCCCACACUGUCAAGACAGGAAACCCUUAGUGCAAACUUUGCCAAACAGUUCAUUCCAACAGAAUCUCUUCAUAACGACCAAUUUGGAGAUGAACGAGUCCAGCCCUUGCUUCAGCAUUGCAGUCUAUAGACCCUUGUUGCCUCUAAAUGAUGACUUUCAAGAUGGUCUUUUGAGAGGACCCUCUAGUGACUGUUCAUGAGGGGCCAGGGCCUGACCUCCAUGUGCUCCCCAGGCUGGCUCUGUGCAGUAAUCAAGAGGGUUUCCUUUUAUGAAGAAAAGACAAAGGAGAGAACAUUUCCUUAUGUCUAAAACCAUGCUCAUUUAGAUAGAGAAGCUUCUAGGAAACAUUGUCUAUCCCUCCAGCACCAGUAAAGGGGUCAGCCUUCAGAAGAGCCACCAUUCCCUUUCAAGUUGAAACUUGAGCCCCAGCCCAUCUUUAGUGUUUAUGUUUUUAAAGGCUUCUUUAUUUUUAAUAUAUAGAAUGCAAUUGAACUUGAUGUUUUAAAAUUGAAAUGUGAGCUUAUCAACAAAAGACAAAAGCAAAAUUGCACAGUUGUUAGAAUCAAGUAACAGUUCUGCACAAUCCAGUGACUAAGGUGUCCUGGAACAAGCGAUGUCUGUCUCCUGGUUUUUAUACCUCUUAAACUUACGUCUUUUAGAAAGACAGUGCCUCUGUAUGCUUUUGUAUUUUUACUGAGUGUAAAUAUUUGUUAUAUUUUUGUUAAGAGAAUGUAAGAAUAUCAUUUAUUAUAUCUACUAACACAUUGGAAUCAAUAAAGAGUCUACAUUA